CCACAUCCUGGGGCUGGGGCCUGGGGUUAGCAGCAGCUGCGCAAGCAGUGUGGCUCAGUGUAUGUGCACACCCACACAGAUAGCGUGCCCAGCUGCACAUAAGCAUCUCAGGGACGCACAGCAGCAUCCCACGGAGUCAGGGAGACCGAAGCAGCACGGCUGGAUGCAGAGAUACUCAGGACCGCAAUCUCUCAGCCACGCAAGGGGCAGAGAGGUGUGGGGAUGCCAGGGGUGCUGGCACUGGAAGGUCAAGGCCUCGCUGCCCCAUAGCGCCGUGCCGCAGUGCGGGUGCUGGCAGGGCUGGUCGGCACGUUAGCAUCUCUCACGACCGUGUGAAUUGGUCCUUGCACACUUCCCAGCACCGGGCAGUGCCAAUUAAGGGCUGGAGGAGUCAGAACUGACACCUCCGCAAAUGGGUCCGGCUUUCCCAGGCUCCUGACCCAGCCCCAGCCCACACCAUGUAGGUUUUGACACCUCCAGGUGGCCACAGAAGUGUCACCUCGCACCUUGGGCCCACAUAAAGCCAGGGCUGCCCAAGGACCCCCGGACGUGCGCAGCCCCAGAGCAGAGCCCACCAUGGCCGGGUCCCCACUGCUGCUCCACGGCCUCCAGACCCCGACAACCGCCUCCCUGACCCCACCCAGGGAGCUCUGCAGACCCGGCAGCGGGGCCGGGCUGAGGCGGUGUGGGGGUCCCGCGGGCAGGAGGGGAUCAGGGGUGGCCGGGGGCCCACGGCAGAGCGCCAGCGAGAGGGAGAAGCUGCGGAUGCGGCGGCUGGCGCAGGCCAUGCACCGGCUGCGGCACUACCUGCCGCCCGCGCUGGCGCCCGCCGGGCAGAGCCUCACCAAGAUCGAGACCCUGCGCCUCGCCACCCGCUACAUCGCCCACCUCUCGGCGCUGCUGGGCCUCAGCGAGGAGGUGCUGCUACUGCGCCGGGGGGCGGCCCCCCGCCACUGCCCGCUCUGCCCCCAGGGCCUGGGCUGCUGCCAGCCCCCGCGCCCCCGACUGCGCCCCCCGGCCCCGCAGGAUGCUUCGCCUCCCGGCUUGGUGGGUUGGGGGACCCCCCUGGAGCUGCGCGGGGCUCUGGAUGCAGGGACGGGGACGUGGGGGUCACUCUCCAGUGGCCCCGUGUUGGAGACCCGCCCGGAGCUGCACGGGGUUCCUGCCACGGGGAUGGAGCUCUGGUCAUCACCCUCCUACAGCCCCACUGCGGGGGCAUCCCCGGAGCUGCAUGGAACCCCAGGCUCCAUGUCACAGCCCUCACCAUCACCGCUGUGCAGCAUCAGAGCAGAGACCCCACUGGAGCCCCCCCGGAGACGCACAGCAGCCACAGGUACCGGGACAGCCCCCUCCUGCUGCAUGGAGCCCGCAGCCCCCUCCCUGCAUCCUGGGAUGAGAGCAAAGGCCAUGGGACCCUCGGGACUCCCCACAUGUGGCUCUCAGAUUGGCAGCCCCCUGGACCUGGACAUGUUCAUCUCCUCCGACGCCCAAGGGACCCCUGUCCUGCCUGGCUGCAGUCCCGCACGGCGCUGGGGGUGGUGGAGCUGAUGCGGUGCCCACAGCUGAUGACACAGCACGGGGACAGUGCCAAGGGGCACUGCAGGACACU